CGUAGUCCUGUGAGCACGAAUGAACACAUGCAUACUCUAGUACCGAAGUGUAGAUAUAGUACUUUGUAGACUACCGGUACUUUAUUUGUAUUUUAUGCUCAUGAUUUAAAUGUAUGAGUAUGUUUUUAUCGUAGGAAGAGACGUUUGUGUAGGUAGUGCAUGGAAGAAAUUGCCUCUUUGUCGAUGUUUAAUGUGGCUCUUGUACGGGCGCAUAUUGUGUGAUACUCGUUGUUGGUAUCGCUUUUAAUUAGCAAAAUUACCCCUCGUGUUUCCCCGCCUUGCAUGUCUGAACCACGUAUAUAAAACACUAUUUUGACGUGGUGUACGCGUUGUUAUUGCAUGCAUAUAUGGUUGAUGUUGCAAUUGGGGAUAUGUCAAUGUCAUUGAGCCGAACACAUUCCUGACACAUCACACAUGCAUGUAGGUGCGUGUACAGUAUACACCAGUGACCUGUGAUGUACAUCUUGUGUGACUGUUGGUCAUACCAAUCUAUAGAUCUUACCUGAUAAGUUGGACCAGGACACGCGAAUAUUCACGUUGUAAUCUCACAGGUAAAGGAUUAGAAGGAUUAUACAUCGUUUGGUGACGAAGCAAGAUGCCAGGAGUGUCUGGUGCUUAUGAAUGGGAUGAUAGACAUUCCAGAUCAUCUGGCUAUGACCCAUACAUGAGACGCACUGACGUGUCACCGACGCCCCGGGCGGGGUACUACCACGACAGCUACGGCAGGACGUCACGCGGCGAUGACGCGGCGUCCUCCAGAAGCCACGAGCCUUACAGGGAAUCGCACUACAGGCGCGAGGAGCAGUACUCUGCCGACAUGAUGCCACAGCAGCGAGUCGCCAACGGCACUGGAACGACCGGCUACACCUCGUCAGACCAGCACAGCAUCGUCAGCAAGAACGACGAUGGGCUCGUCUACACGCUCGACCAUCUCGCCACGUUCUCUGUCGGGCACAGCCACGGGCUGCUGUGGCCUGCAGACGGCAUCAGGAAGCUGCGCAUGAUGGAGUCAUCGAGCGGCAUCUGGCCACAGAGGAUGCUGAUGCGCUUGGAGCGCAAGUUCAUCCUGAUCUGCAACCCAGUAAACGGGGACCCGGUCGAGGAGAUCCCGCUGAGCAUGCUGCAGGAGCCGACGGCGUUCGUCACGCACGAGCCGAAGGAGGACUACAACAACAUGCUCGUCUUCACUGUGCAGGGAGACAAGAAGAACGCCACGCCGAGCGAGAUGCACAUCUUCCAGUGCCUCGCGAUAUCCGCUCAAGAGAUACAAGAAGAGAUCAAACGAUUGAAAGCGGGCAAAAGGUUGAAGGGACAUGGCUAUCAUCCGGCACCCAUUCCCCCUGCUCCGAGCCAACCACCACCCGACCCACCUAUCAAUGGCAUGUCGUCCGCAUACAAUAGUGGCGGAUCGUCGCGGAUGCAACAACGGAUGACUGAUAGCCGACAGUAUGGCUCUGUCGUGCGAGACUUUGAUGCCGAUUCACUGUCCAGUGACACGACAGAGCGUGACGUGGUCGUGCUGAAUCACUGCUUUGAUGACGUGGAGCGUUUCAUCGCGAAGCUGCAGCAGGCCAGCGCGGCAUACAGGGAGCUGGAGCGCAGGCGCAAGAGCAGGAAGAACAAGAAGAAGAGUCAGGGAGACGGCAUGCUGGCGAUGCGGGCGCAGCCGCCGCCCGAGGAGCAGUUCGCCGACGUCUUCCAGAAGUUCAAGCUCGCCUUCAACUUGCUGGCCAAGUUGAAGAACCAGAUUCACGACCCGAACGCUCCCGAGCUCAUCCACUUCCUCUUCACGCCGCUCGCGCUCAUCGUCGACGCGUGCCGCGACUCGCGCUACGGCGCCAACCUGCCGGCUCGCGUCGUCGCACCGCUGCUGAGUGCGCGCGCCAUCGACAUGCUGCUCAACUGCCUUACGUCGAAGGAAGCCGAGCUGUGGGAGUCGCUGGGCGAGUCGUGGACCGUGCCCAGGCACCUAUACAAGGGCUACGUGCAUCCGUACCACCCCGUGUUCGCCGACGGCUGGUCGCCCGCGCCCGUGGAGUACGACGACAGAGAGCGGUCACACUACUCUGCCGCCAACACCGGUCCUCCACCGCAGCUCGUCACCGACAUCGAGGUCGAGGACAGGCAUCAAUAUUCGCGGCAGUAUGACGACACGGCCAGCCGCUACUCCAACCAGCCUCAGUACGCCGUCUACACGCCCGACCCGCGCUACGAGCAGGACCGCUAUGAGAGACAGCGUCACAGCUCCGACUCUCGCUACGACGACAGGUACGAGCAGAAAGGGGGCAGCAUCAGCGACUACAGGCCAGUGGAGCGCGCGCGGGAGUCGGCGAGAUACGACGACCGUCACUACGAACGUCAGCAGAGCCAGCAGUCGUCGCAGUACGACCCACCGCCCGUGCAGGUCCUACCUGCACACAUGAGUGCCAAGCAGCCAGUUAUGAAUGAGACCGCAGACAUGGACUUUGAUGCCACGCAGGCACGAUUCCUCAAGCAACUUAGGCAGAAUAAUUUGAAGAUAUUCGAAGUUACAUAUGACAGAGUUGGCAAGAAUGAGAAAGAGUUGACAGUGUCAAAAGGAGAGUACCUAGAGAUUAUCGAUGACAACAGAAACUGGUGGAAAGGACGAAAUGCGUAUGGCAAGAUCGGGCAUAUACCCUACACCAUCUUGAAGCCAUAUGUGGCUAGCGAUGGCUACAACUACCCUGAACCUGACAGAGACUACCACAAAGUGCCCUCCCCUUCUCUACCCACCGCCCCAGCAGCCCCCUUGCCUCCAACACCGCCCCCAGUGGCUGGGAAGCCUCCACAACCGCUUCAAUCAGAAAGCUAUCGCGACUACAAUUCAUCAGACCCAUCCACCACCAGAGCAAUGCCUAACACGAUAAAGCCAGCUCGUUCGGAUAUCGACCUGCUCAAUGACGAACUGAACGAGCGACUGAAUCACGGCGGUUACAAGAUGGCGCGCGCGGCGCCCAACGUCUACAUCGACGCUCGCUGCAGUUCGCACGAGGUGCAGGAGUGGCUGCAGGCAAAGGCCUUCAAGCCCUCGAUAUGCCGAGCCCUGGAGGGACAUUCCGCUGCCCAACUCUUCGUUCUGAAGCCAGCGGAGCUGGAGCAAAUAUGCGGCCGUGAGGAGGGAAAGCGACUAGCCAGCCAGUUGGAAGUACAGAAGAACAUUUCCGGUUUCAAGACGAUGGGUUCGCGUGAACUCGAGAUGCUGCUCAAGCAGCGCCGAGACGGACUAGAAGAGUACGACCCCUACGAGUACGAGCGACAGCACCAGCAGGGGGAGCCACACGGCAGCCGCGACAUCCCCGGCGCGAGGCCGCAGGACACGCCCGACGACCCGCAGGAUUCAGGUUCUGACUCGGACAUAGCGGCGUACGGCACAGAGACGAUGCGUGACAUGCUGCGCGCUCAGCGGAAGCGGAUGAAGAACAGAGCACUCGACAUGCCUGUAUCGUAGCUACAGCGACCUCUAGCGUCGGAGUCAGGAACGGCGAAGGGAGAAAUCGGCGCGUCUGUGUUUGAGGAUCGAGGGAUGUUAAUGUUUAGCAAGGACAUUGUUACAGUAAUAACUGCUCAAGGGUUUUUUUGAAUAACACGAUAAUUAAUAUGUGAUUGUGGUGAAUGAAAUUCCGAAGGCAUUUUAAGGCCUCGUUUGUUUUCGUGUUACAUUUUUUUAUCACGUCUGCCAGACGAUUUUAUUCGUGUGGAGUCGCAAAUGUAAUCGUCAUUGUGACAGUCUCAGUAUUUAAAAAAUAUAUUUGUAACAACGCGGGAAAGGGGUUGCGAUUAAAUAAUUAAUCAGUGGUCAUAAACUUCACAACUGUUAAAGCUUCUCCUGCAUGAUUGCAAUCGCUGUAGUUUCGGUGAAGAUUAAAUAAAUCUUCACGUUUUAUUAUAUCGACAUAAGGGGUUAAUUUGUGGAAAUGUACACGUUCAUCGCAGUCUUAGGCAUAAACCAGCGCUGUGGGUGACCCAGCAAUAGAAUAGAGAAUUAAUUAAUUACUAUUAACUAGCAAUGAUGGCGGUCAAUCGGCAUGUUCACGUUAAAUUUUUGCUCGUUCUUUUGCGAUUGGAUAAUCCGAUAUCGUAAUAUUUCACAUGUAAGAAUUUGUAGAGUCCAUUCUUGUUCGCUAAUGAGUAAAACUUAUUUAACAAUA